UAUCCGAACAAUAAUAAAUACUAUCACAGUAAUUUUAAAGACAAACAUUUUUUAUUAAAAAUGUAUGUUUUAAAAGGUCGGUCGUGUUGUUUUUAAUCCUUGUUUCCGGUGCCGUUUCACAACAAACUGCUGGGCGGAGGGAUCAGCUACAAAGCAGCUUCUGUGAGAAAUGUGGCCUCUUUGAUAACCAAAAUGAGGCCGUUGUUUAUUAUUUUGGCAUUUGGAGCGGUGGCGAGCAGUGGAGUACUACUGGCGAUGUCUGCUCCGACAGAGGAAUGGCAGAGGGCCACGUCUAUUUACAACUUCUCAGCAACAGAUAUUGAUGGGAAUCUGGUUUCCCUAGAAAAAUACAGGGGUGAUGUUGUCAUCAUCACCAACGUUGCCUCUAAAUGAGGUAAAACCCCAGUAAACUACUCUCAGUUUGCGGAAAUGCACGCCAAGUAUACUGAGAGAGGUUUACGCAUCCUCGCCUUCCCUUCCAACCAGUUUGGAAACCAGGAGCCAGGAAAUGAAACUCAGAUUAAGCAGUUCGCCAGUUCUUACAACGCUCAGUUUGACAUGUUCAGUAAGAUCGAUGUGAACAGCGACACUGCUCAUCCUUUGUGGAAGUGGCUGAAAAGUCAGCCUAAUGGGAAAGGUUUACUGGGAAACAGUAUCAAGUGGAAUUUCACCAAGUUUUUGAUCAACAGAGAGGGUCAGGUGAUGAAGAGAUAUGGACCCCUGGAUGAUCCAAGUGUGGUGGAGAAGGAUCUUCCUCAAUACUUGUAAAUGGAUGAUUGAUGCCUCACUUACUGAAACUCUUUUCUCUGGCUCUCUCUGGCACCAGUGGAUAAAGUUUGGGUUCACCCCAGACUAGUGACGGUCUGUUCAUAAACCCGCAUGACGGACAGAGCAGACCUGAUGAAAAUGGCGUGCAAACCAAAUGGGAAGAAAACCAGACUUGAUUUACUUUGGUUCUAGAGAGAUAGGGAGAAAGGACUCUCUGUCAAUAGAUUAAUGUGUGGCAUUCUUUUCAUAAUAAAUUGCACAAAAUGUUGCCCUAAUGA